UUUGGUGGAGAGGAACAGCAGGUGUCAGAGUGAAACAGAGUCAGAUAUAUAUUUCUUUGAUUUUUUUGUUAAGUUUGUACACUUAGUAUUUGUGCACUCUGUCCAUCUGAGCUGACCUGGAAAACCAAAACAUUCAGACUCAACAGAAAAACCUGCAGCAUUUUGAUUUGAAGUCAUUCAGGAUUUCCCAUCAACAGCCAGGUGAACAUGACGAACCAGUCGGCUCUCAUCCUGAAGGUGGCCUUGCUGCUGCUGGUGCUGCUGCAGGGCACAGAUGCAAAGAUGGAAAUCAUGACUAGUAAGCAAGAUUUCCUCGUCGGAGAAGAAAUCCUUCUGGUGUGUAAAAUCCUGACUGGAGAAGGAGAAAUGACAUGGUUUAAGGAUGGCACGGAAAUCGAUGAUAGUGACAUGGUGACACAUGUGGAUGAAACUGUCUCUAAAUUGGUCAUUAAGACGGCUACAAUGAAAGAUGCAGGCAGAUAUACCUGUAUGUGUGAGUUAAACAGCGGAGCCACAGAUGAAGCUCUGACACAGAUUUAUGUUUAUGAGGCUCUUUCAUUUGGAAGUAGCCCCAGCUACCAUGAGUUUCUGGAGGGCACAAAUGGUUUGGUACCAUGCAUGGUGACUGGCAAGCCAGUGGUGGAUGUUCACUGGCUCAGAAACAAAGAAGAAAUCUCCACUAAUGCAGGAAAGCGUGUGCGUCAGCUGCCUGAUAAUACACUCCUCAUUGAGAAUGUGAAGAGAGAGGAUGCUGGGACAUACUUUUGCCAGGCCCAGAUCAGAGGAAGGCCCAUCAAUGAGCAACUCCCCAUCUCUGUUGUCAUCAAUGUUCUUCCAUCUGUGCAUCUGAGAGAAGAAGUGAAAAGAGUGAUGGCCGGACCAGAAGCCAAUGUUUCGUUGCUGUGUUUAGUAGACGGUGUACCAAAACCCAACAUCACCUGGACCCUGCCGGUAGCAUAUGAUCCUUCACAUCAUCACUUUAACUCAGACCGCAGCCAGCUGACCAUACGGUCUGUUGCCCGGGUCGACUACGGAGAGUACAUCUGCACCGCCACCAACAAGAUAGCUGAGAGCAGUGCUACUAUUUUGCUUCAUGUUUUUGAGGCCCCAGAGGUGUUUGUGUCAGCAGAGCAGCAGAGUGUAUCAAUGGGUGAGCGUGUAUCUGUGUCCUGUAACGUCUCAGGCCAUCCUCAGCCUGAGCUGCACUGGCUCAACAAGAACAAUGGACGCACACUGGACUCCACCACCGGUCGAGUCCGCGUCGUUGAUGGUGUGCUGGUGAUUGAUGAGGUAGUGCCCUCUGAUGGUGGACUGUAUUCCUGCAUGGCUGUCAGCAUCUCUGGAAAUGCAUCCAGAGACAUUGCAAUACACACCCAGCCUGGUCCACCUCACUACCUGUCAGUCUCACCUGGACCAACUUCAGUCAUCUUCUCCCUCAAAACUGAACCCAUCGAUGGAGGGACACCAAUCACAAGUUUUGUCCUGCAGUGGAGGCAAAGUGCAGCAGAACAGUGGAAGGAGAUCGCAGUCCCAACUUCAGGUCCUCUAACUCUCACCAACCUCAAGCCGUACACAUUGUACACAGUGCGUCUGGCUGCCUUGAAUGCCAUGGGAGUGGGACAGUUCUCAGAAACAAACACCGUCCGCACCCAGGGAAUACGUGAACCAGACAGUCCAGUGUUGUCGUCCAGUGAGAUGAAAGUAGAGGGCAACUCCGUCUUCAUCCCUCUUAAACAGCUUGAUGAUGGUGGAACUCCUCUGCUGCGCUUUGAAAUGCGAUACAGACAGGAUAAAGAGGGGAUUGAGUGGAAAAAUGAAGAGCUGCCAUCCGAGGCUGACUCUGUCUCCCUUCAGGACCUGUCCUACGGCUCAGACUAUUAUCUGGAACUCAAAGCCAUCAAUGCUAAUGGUUCCUCUAUCCCUGCCAGGUUCAACUUCACCAUCGCAGCACAGCCUGUGAGCAACCGCAUGACCAAAGGCAGCGUGAUUUGCAUCGUCAUGGUGAUCUUCUUGGUGGUAUUCCUGGUGGUAGAUGUCACCUGCUGCUACAGAAAUCGCUGCGGCCUGCUCAUGUCCAUCGUGAAACUCUUUGGACAGAAAGUCCCAGGCCUCAAAAUGUUUGAAGACGGAGAGGUAGCCACCAAUGGAGAAGUGAAGCUGAAGGGUAUAACAACUCCAAGAGCCAGUGUGCAUGAUGCAGGGGUUCAGACACUCACUAGGGACGGGCAGAUUGUAGAGGUCACCUACGACAAAGCCCCCCUCACCAAACACGAGAAAAAACUGUCAGGCAGAGACCUGCACUUUGACGAUGCAUGAGACCAGACACCAGAGAAACAGUUAACGACAAAUAAGACAAGUCAACGGACAAGUGAUAAUGUAAAGACAAGAAGAUAUCAAACAAUCACUGAGUCUUAAUAACUGAGUCAGAACAGUCAGCGAUCCUUACCUUCAAUACAACUUCCAUGGGAAAGGUCAAUCAUUACUGACAGGCUGCAGGAAAAACACUGAUGUUGCUGAGGUUUAUUUAAACUGAUCUGUUUCAGACGUCUGUGCUGUUGGAGUGAGAGGACAGUGGGCUGAAAAUCAGCUUGCAUAAAGACUGACACAGACGUCAUUUUUUUGUAAUUUUUUUGUUGUUGUUCUGUGUGCUCUGAUGUAGAUUAGGUCAAAAGACAAAUUUUACAUUACAAUUUUACAAAAAUUCAUUUUACAGGGUAAUUUUGAUGUCUUGUGUUUUACAGGGUAGUAUUACUGGUGUUAUAAAUUUAGCUUCAAAUAUUUUCUAAAAGUCACAACAAAUGUUUACCUUCAGCCUUUUGAAUGUUGUGCACAGACACAAGAUCUUAUUUUAUAUUUACUCUUUGGUAAAUGUACCAUGGAUAUCCUGUGUAAUGCGCUUAAGAAUUCUGUUUUUUACCUAUAUGUAUAUAUUUUUUAUUGUUAUUAAUGUUUUUAUUAACAUGCAACGUGGCUGCUCUCCUGAUGGUUGUAUAAGACUAAACAUCUUAUACUUUCAGAUGAAAUAACACUGUAUCCUGAUACUGACCUGUAUUUUGAACCAUUUAAAGGACAUUUCAGCUUAAACUAAACUUGCCUAACCUUUAUUUAAUUAUCAUGCACUAAUAUUUAUUGUUUUUAAACCAUACAUGAGAGAUAUUUAUCAUGAGAGGCUUUGAACUUGAGGCCAUAUUUGAUUUUGUAAUCAGCUCUAUAAGAACUUUUUUUUAAAUUCUCAGCACCUAAUUCACGGGAGCAUGUAAUUAACCCUAUGGGCCCGAACGACGCAUAGUGCGUCCAAAUUCACACCUGUUCUUCUCUAUUGAUUUUCUCCGCGACUGUGCGUCAUAGCGAUAAUCCACGCAUAUCACGUGAAACAGCAGAAUCAUAGCUUUCUGACAAGACCAAGCAGAUCUUGUUAUCAGUCACUUCAUAUAGUGAGGAAUAUCGUAUCUUAUCACGUCUUAGGCUUGCGUGUGUUUCUCCCUGUCUGUCCACAUUUGUAGUCCGGCUUUCAAGAUGCAAAUAUCUCCAUAUUGUCCAGUUGACACUCCAUCAAACUUUGUAUGACAAGACCAGCGUACUUCACCUUUGCGCACACAGACAACUGUAGCCUAAUUAUGCAUGCUGACAGGGCCGUAGUCACCAU